AUUCGAAUCAGCUGUUGGAGGCGUCUUGUCACUUGAGGGGUUGUUUUGUAAUCUUAUCAGAUUAUCCCAAUCGCGUGUUCCCUUCAUCGAGUUCUGUCUUUUCAUCACAGAAGGUUCAUGUGAGUUGCGGACUCGUCACAACCAUGAGUUUGGACGACAUCGUUUACCUCGUCUGCCUGCUUACAUGCAUCGCAUUCGGGAAGUACUAUCGCGAAAUCAAGGAUGACUCGCAGCGGAAGGUCAUCGGCACUGCCCUCGGGCUGCUCAUCAUUUUCAUCGUCUCCGGGAUCCACAUCUUCCAUACACUAGUGUCCUUCGCAGUGUCCGCCGUGAUCAUCACCCAAAUGCAUCCAAGCAAGUCCCACCUGGUCAGCUUCGCGUUCAUGUUUGGCUACUUGGCCUUCUUCCGCACGACCAUCUACUUUGGAAUUCCCUAUCCGCCGGGGCACACGAACAUGAUUCAGAUGCUUCUCACCCUCAAGCUCGUGGGAUUGGCGUUCGAGAAGAACACGGCAUACAACAAGAUUAAAGAACGCGAGCGAGCAUUGGCCGACCCCGGAAAGAAAGAUGAGGCGGCGGCGAUCGAGAUCACCGACUACGACACGGAAUUGCAAAGCAUCGAUAUCACCGAGAUUUUCCAUUAUUCGUUUAAUUACAUUGGGAUCUUGACAGGACCUUACUAUCGCUACCGUACUUAUCGCGAUUACUUUGAAACACCAUUUCGUAUUUACGCUAAGUCUACGGAAGAGACGCUCCGAAAACUACAACAAAUUGGACUCUACAUUGCUUUGUACUUGGUAGCAAGCUACCUGUGGCCAUUGAAUUAUGCCAUGAGUACCGAGUUCUAUGAAGAACGUUCCUUCUUCUAUCGACUAAUGUACGUUUGGCCAACAUUUUUCAUUUUCCGUAUGCGUAUAUAUUCCGGGUUGAUACUUGGCGAAACGGUUUGCACAAAUGCCGGUUUUGGAGCCUAUCCGACUGAUGCUGAUAUAGCGAGUGGUGAAGGACCAAAAAAAUCGUAUUUGCAUUUAAAGAGGAAUCCAGAAAAACUAACAUACGAUUUCACGACAAUAAAGAAUGCAGACGUUUACGGGGUGGAAACUUGCUGGACAUUCCGUGAAGCGAUGAGAUAUUGGAACAUCUGCGUUCAAUAUUGGUUGGCAAUUAAUAUUUAUAAACGAUUCCCAUCGAAAAAGUAUCGCACACUCGUUUUGCUUCUAAUAUCAUCCUUCUGGCACGGAAUCUAUUCCGGCUACUACAUGUGUAUAAUGGGCGCCGCGGUUUACACUCCAAUCGAGGAUAUCUUCAACAAAGCGGUCAGGAAAGAUGCGACAGGGCUACAAAGGCGGAUCAUAGAUGUGUUGUUCUGGAUAUCCAAGUUCUUCUCGUUCGCUUAUUUGGGAAUAGCAUUCUUAUUGAUGACUCUGGAUAAGAUUUGGUUUUACUACAAUUCCGUCUACCAUUUCGGCUACCUUUAUUGGGUCGUGUUACUUGUUGUCGGGAUGACGAUAACGAAUUUGCGUCGCGGCAAAAAUCGUGAGAGGAGGAAACAUGAAGGAGGCGAAUCUUCGACUUUGAGCAAGGGAAGUGCAAUUAAGACAGAAUAAUUAUUCUUGCUAUUGUUUGUAUUCUGAAGGAGUGUUAUAGGGUUAAGGCUAUAAAGUACGAUCGAUAUUUUUAGAGUCAGGGUGAAGCUUGCACACUCAACCGGUUUUUUUUGUUGCACCUACUUUUGUUCGUUUGGGUUAAGGUUCAGUAAGGUAAAUUCGAUCCAUUCUUAGACGCUCCCACCGCUAAAUUUGAAAUGAAGCCGUUCAAUAAGAUAAAUUUUAGUCAAAUUGUAAAAUGAACUACGACAUUAAUAACCUAUCAAAAGCGGCCAUCUCACUAGCGUAAAGCAGCAACAAUUACUAGUAAUUCAGAUAAUAAAAGCUAAAUAAAGACAUUUUCCAUAAAUGUAAACAUAAAAACUAAAAGUGAGGCUAACACAAAGGCAUUUACUAUGAUAACUAAUAAAAUAACGCAUACCUUUUGCUUCCUAAAGAAUAAGCCCGUUUAGCUUUUGCUAAUAGAUCAGGGCCCAUGGAAUACAAGAGUUUAAUAUCAUCGUCUUCAUUGCUUGCUAGUUAGUGAUUUGAUUCUUAUACUAAUUGUAAGAAAAUCUUAGGCUGACACUCAUUAUUUUAUCGGGUAAGGAUAAAUUCACCAUAAAGCAAUUAAUUAGGUCUACAGUAAUAUGUUUUUCCUUUUAUUAUUGUUGAAAUUGUAAAUAAAUUUUUUGUAUGAACCUGGAA